AUAAGAUACUCAGUGGAGCAUGGAAAAUAGUUCUGUUUCUGAGCAGCGGAAUGGGUCUUACUCUCUCAAUAAAGUAGCCAGGCUUCAUUACCGAACCUCCUUCAUCUCCUCCACUGAUGCUUAGAGACAUGAGAAUCUUUUCCUUAAUUGUUGCUGGGCUCAUUCUCCUUGUUCAGCUUUUCCCAGCCAGGGCAGGGGUUUACAGAACGUACCUGUGUGCAAAGCUGGACGGCCACUGUGCAAUGGACUGCCUUGCCUUCGAAAAAAAGAUAGGGACCUGCGGGACUGACUUAACACCACUGUGCUGCAAAAAAAGAAAGAAACACUGA